UCCGGACCUUCAAUCUUCUUUGAAGCGGAGAGGGCAACUGAAAGCGAGUUGUUUCUCCAGGCUACCAGUUUUCACAUCCAAUAACUCAGCUCAUUUUCAAUUCACCUGAAAUUUCCAUAUUCAUUUCGAUUUUCUCAAUUCCGGCUUUGGUUUCAACGGAUUGCUGACCGUAUUUCUCCGAUCUCGAUUUUGAUCUCACGAUCUCUCGAAUCUCUUUCUUAUUUCUCCAUGGAGGAGGAGAAGCAGCAGAAGACGGCGAAGGAUCAAAAACUCCAAGAGGAUCACGAAGAGAAUGAAGCAAUUGAGCUUGUUCUCUUUCAAGUUUCUGAAUGUUAUGUCUAUUUGAUACCGCCAAGAAAAAGUGCAGCUUCCUACAGGGCUGAUGAAUGGGAUGUGAAUAAAUGGGCCUGGGAGGGAAAACUGAAAGUCCUUAGCAAGGGAGAAGAAUGCAUUAUCAGACUUGAAGAUAAGGCUACAGGUGAAUUAUAUGCCCGGGCAUUCUUGAGAGAAGGGGAACAGCAUCCAGUUGAAACUGUAAUUGAUAGCAGCAGAUAUUUUGUUCUUCGCAUAGAAGAGAAUAUUGGUGGUCGCCUUCGGCACGCAUUUAUCGGCAUAGGGUUUCGAGAAAGAACUGAGGCUUAUGACUUCCAAGCAGCUUUGCAUGAUCAUAUGAAAUAUCUCAAUAAAAAGAAGAGUGCAGAAGAGAUGGAACAACAGUUCCAGAAAACAUCCUCAGUUGAUUACAGUCUGAAAGAUGGCGAGACAAUAGUACUUCAAUUCAAAAGCAAAAAAAGCACUAGCAACAUCAAGAAGCCUUCUGAGCUAGAUGUGAAAGUUUCCCCACCAGAAGAAGAGGGCAACACAAAAAAAGAGUCCAUUUUUUGCAUCAAACCACCUCCACCACCUCCAGCUCUUCUUUCACCUGUUGCAGCCCAGAAGUCUCCUACGAAUGUACCACCAAAUAUCAAUCUGGACGAUCCUUCCAAGCACAAGAUUGCAGAACCAGCAAGAGAAGACUCCAAUGAUGCUGAAGGUCAAAGCACACUUGAUUUACCUGAUGACGACUUUGGAAAUUUCCAGGCAGCUGAGUGAUGGCAUGGAAUGUGUACAUUCUCGAAUACCCAAAUCGAUCUUCGGUUUUCAGUAGAUCGCAUGCUACAAAUUGCUUAGAUUUCACAAGAGAUCGUAUGUGUUGUUAUUAACCUUGUUGUGACAUUAGCAUGAAGAGUUAUGAUUAUACCAUGCCUCAGCGGUUCAGUUAUAACUGUGAUGAAGCCAAGCAAAGAGACCAAAGGAAAUAUGGAACAUCAUGGAAAUUUUCUCUCAAAUUUUCU